CUAGUUAGCAUUUCCCUUUCUAUUUGUAUCGUUUGAUUUGAGGCUGGGCAAUAUUUCAUUCUUACACUGAUUUCGGACCGGCAUGGAAGUUUUCGAGGGACGUUCUUCCCGGCAGUCGGCAGGCUGCCAUAGGAACAAUACAACCAGUGGCCAGGGCCAUUGCCAUGGUCAUGGCAAUGCCAAUUGCAAUUCCCAUCCACGUUCGGACGAAGUCACGCAACUGGGGACAGCUUUGACCAUGGCAGCAGCCCGAUCUGCUGCGCCCUAUCCGGCACCUGCUUCACAUCCACCCGCUGGCCAGCCAAUGAGGAAUUUUCUGCCUCGCGUCGCAGGACUCAGCCGCCGAGGUCAGGCCCCCCCACCAAAGGUGAAGCAAUUGAAGACGCCACUGGCUCGGCCAGUGCCCAACAAGAAGGCGUCGCCUCAUCCUCAGGAAUCGCCGAGUCUGGCGGUGCUGGGCAGCGCCAAUCCCAGCACCAGUGACAGUGGGGAGACCGGCGAACUGGUCGCUCAGAUCGGUCUGGCACAUGGCCAGCGCAGGGGAGAGGUGCACCACUCCAGCUUCGCGUACCUGUCGGCGACGGAUGCCAAUGCCGAGGUGCCCCGACGUAGCGACGAUUCCUAUACACACAGAGGAACGAACAGUCGUGCCGAGAGCUGGAGCGAACUAUCCUGGGACCAAGGGGACGUGGAGGCGUUAAACGAUAGCUACCAGCUGCUGAACGAGAUGGUCGCUGGCACUGAGACGGCCAGGCCCAACCGAAAAGAGGCCAGCAAAAAGCAGCUGGGGCCCUCGGUGUCCUCCGCUGCUAAAAAUGAGCACAAGAAGAAAACGGCACCGGUAAAUAUACAUCUGAAAAGGAAGAUAGAGACCAAUAUGCAGGCCAUUAUCAAUCCGGUGGACCGCACUGAAGGAGGAGGCCCGCCAACGACACCAGAACCCAAAUCACACAAAAAAUCAUCUAAGCCAACAAUCAAGACCAACGCGAACGCCAAAGCCACCACCGCAACCGCAACCACAACCAACGAUGAGAUGAUGGUGGACUCCAGCGAUACCUCGAGCAGCUACUGCACGCCAUGCGACAGCUUCAGAUCCAUCAGUCCCUCUAUGCAGCCCUGCUACUGUGCCAAUAAGCACAGCAUCUGCGGGACCAAGCGCAAGCAGAACCGGCAGAAAGAUGUGACCGUCAGCCAGGUCGGAUUCCGGCACAUUGAGCACGUGGCGAGCGUAAUGCAGAUGCCUCGCGUCAGCGCCAGGUCGCAGCCUAUCGGCAUUGCCCAUCAGUACUCUAUAGAGAGGCGCAGCUUCAGGGACCGUUUGAAACCGGCAAACUCUGAGCGCAAUGCUGGUUUAGGUGCUGCUUCUCGUGCUGGUCCUGUUGGUGGCGUGUGCCGCUUCUCGAACGCCAACUGGGUGUUGGGCCAGCUGCGUCCUCUGGUGAGCGCAGCACGAGCCAUCAAGGACAGCAGACAGGGACAGCUUGAUUCGUUCCAUAUCGCAGCUCCAGCUGGGAUUGGAAUCGACCGGCAGUCGGGACACGCAAGAACAAUUUUGCCAAUUUUUGGCCUCAUUGCACUCGAAGACAUCGUUGGAAUCGAUGGAAUCGAUAUUGUCCUGCUUGAGCUCCGACGGAACCGCAACGCCGUCGUUGGGGUCCUGCUUGAGCCUCAAUGCCACCGCAACGCCGUCGAUGAAGUCCUGCCUGAGUCCCACUAG